AUGCUCCCGGGGUCUUUCCCCGACUCAGUCCCCGCCACUCCAAAUGAAACUCCGCAGCCUCCAACUCCGGCAGACAAGCAUCGUCAGUUCAACAAGCUGCAAAGGUCUGGUGACACCCGCGGCCACAGUUACACCGACUCCGGCGUGGGAUUGACCGAUUCGGAGCCGAUCCAGUCCGCUAGACCUGUAGAGUCCAGAACAGCCGUCCCUGAGGAAGUCGCUGGGAGCGGCACUACUUUCAGCCGUGAUGGCAAUCAAGGGUUGGAGACGGGUGCAGCAUCGACUACAUUGUCGGCGCAGCGCGCCGAUGACGACGUCAUAUCUGGCAGCAACAAGACGAAGCAACUGGCCCCUGACCUCGCAGAAGGAAUGCCUGACCCCGCGAGACCUGCCAACGCCAAGGCAGUCGACCAGAGCAAGCAAUCUGACAGGGAGUCUACUCCGUACUGGGGUGAUCUGCCCGCUCAGGCCGGCGUGUACAACUCGGUAGCAGGUCACGGAAGUGCCGUCGAUGACCACCCCCAGCAUCACCAUCUGCGACCAAAGUCAAAGUCGCCAGACAGAGCCGUCAUUGUCGGCCACGUCGGCGACUAUCCCAGGGGCGGUGGUGUCUACAACACCGUAGUUGGCCAUGGCAGCCGAGACGAGGAGUCCAAGCGCCACUCCCACAGCCCGCGGCGCAGCACCGACAAGGCCGCCAACAUGGCUGCGCACGCUCGGGAACCUGAUGACCUGCUUAAUACCCCCUGGCCCAAAGUUCCUGAGGGGCGGCAACGGAAGUCUCCAGAGAAUGCCCACGGCAUUGCUCCGGGAUUCCUGCCUGAGCUUGCCGUUCGGGACGACGUCCACUUGCUUGCCGAGGCAAAAGCUCGGGAUGAAGAACGUGUCUGCUCUCAGCCGAAGCAUGAUACAAGCCCCCAACGCGCGUUUCCUUUGGCACCAAAAGCUGCCGAGCAUCACGGUGAGGGCACGGGAGCUGCAGGCGUCGGUGCGGGAAUUACCGCCGGCCAGUACCUGCGCGACCGCAGGGAGGACAGCACCCGCCUAACCCAACGGUCUCAGGAUGAGAAGGAGACAUACCCGGUAACCGGGAGAGAACGCCGCCGGAGUCUUGGAGGCCAUACAGCAGAGAACCGCCGACGCUCCAGACAGAGGUCUCCAGCUGAGAAUGCUGGCACCCACCAGGAUGAUUCUCCCACCAAGCACAAGCUCUUCGGCAUCUUCCACCGUCACAAGGACAAUGACAAGGAAGAAUCGGGUGCACACCGCAGGAAGUCUGCCGGUGAUCAUGGUGAUACUGCGAGGGAAGGCCGCCCAGUAGCCCACAGCCCGAACCGGCUACAGAAACACACCCGGGGCGGAUCAACCGGGGACCGGAAGAGAUCAUUGUCACGUUCUAAGGCCGACGGCAACAAGCGUUCUAGCAUCGGCAAAGAUAACGUCGGUGCCGGUGCGGGAGCCUUCGGCCUCUUGCACCGCAGAAAGAACAGCGUCAGCGAGCAUCCCCGGGACGCAACAGCUCCAAACUGGCCGCUGACCGCUGACGCUGGCGGAGUUGGGCCGGCAGGCGAGGCGCCAAGGCAGGUUGAACAAGUUUCCACCCCGUUCGAACACCCCAGAGAGGCGCCGCUACCACCCUGGUCCGGGGGUGAACAGGCUGCGGACGCAGCAGCCGAGCAUCGCCCCUACAACACCCUGCCUAGUGGCAUCCAGUCAGGAGUGCAGCACGCGAAAGCAGCUCCGUCAGCCAACGAAGGAAUUGUGACCAACGAGCCGGGACACUACAAGACCCUCGCCUCGGGCACCGCUUCCGGCGUCGCUGUGGCCUCGGCUGCUAAGCCUGAAAGGCAGGAUGUGGUUUCUCACGAACGAGGAGACUACAACGUGCUCGCAUCGUCCGGUGCCCCCAAGACCGGUGCUAGCAGGAACAAUGUGAAGGCAAGCGAGACCAGCGAUUACCACGUGCACAAAUCUUCCGGCAGCCCCUCUCCGACUAGGCAAGACGAUGCCGAGGACGCCGCCGAGUACAAUGUCCUCCCAUCCGGCACACCCUCUGGCGUGAAGGUGAAGCCCAGGUCCACCCACCACAGCGGGCCCGCCGCCCACGACCAAGUCAGUCGCGGCCAGCGUAACCCCCGCUUGCCAGAGGAGCCCCCCUCGCUGCCACCCGUGGACAUCACCUCCUCCCACGUCCAAACCCUGAGGGACCUGUCAGGAGCGCCGGCCGCAGCCGAGGGACUAAUCCCCGCCAACCCGACUUAUCCCCACGCGGAGUUGGCGCAGCACAUGAGUCCGGAGGUCAUGCCGGACUCUUACAGGGCGUCUUCGUCUUCUGCACCGGGCCAUAGCCAUAACCAAAACGACCACCACCAUCAGCAGUCCCAAUACCAA